AUGGAAUUCGGUACCGUGAUCAUGGAUACAAACAAAUUGUCAAAGGAUAAUUCAAACAGACAGAAAAAAAUGAAUUUGUUCAUUCAAUCAUCUACAAAUUUAUCUUUCGACCCUUCAGCGUCAAUCUCAAAAGAAGUAAAUUUUAUUCACUCUAACCAAGCAAACAAUUGGAAUCAGAAAAACAUGAUUCAACUCUCUUCUGCUAACACGAAUAUUAAUGAUAACUCAUCUUUGCUACCUCAAAAUACAGGACUGCCGGUAAUUGAAAUAGCUACAUAUGCAGAAACAGACGUCUAUGAGUGCUAUAUCCGUGGUUCAGAAUCAAGGAUCGUAAUGAGAAGGACAAGCAACGAUUGGAUUAACAUUACUCAAAUCUUUAAAUUAGCAUCUUUUACAAAGACUAAAAGAACGAAGGUUUUGGAAAUUGAAUCAAAUAACAUCCAACAUGAAAAGGUUCAAGGUGGUUAUGGUAGAUUUCAAGGUACUUGGAUACCGCUAAAUGAUGCUAAAAAUCUAGUACAGAAAUAUAACAUCGUUGACCCGGUCGUCACAACUAUAAUUAACUUCGUACUAGAUCCAAAUAACCCUCCUGUUAAAAGAAGUAAAAAUAGUGUAUUGAAAAGAAAUUCCCCUGGUGUGAGGAUAAAUUCUCCUUCGUCCUAUAAUAAGACACCAAAAAAGAAAAAUUCAACCUCAUCAUCAACUAGUUCACAAUCUGUAGGUGUAAAGAAAUCCAAGAAAAUCAAUGGAUCAAAUUCGCAUAUAAACCCAAGUCCUUUACAAAAUAUUGCAUUUCAAACACCUCAACAAUUGUCUUCUUCUCAUUCAAAUGGUAUGAAUACUAUCCACGCUACUGAUACAACCAUAGAAACCUUAUCAAAUGGUGAAGGCAGAAACACUAGUACCAAUAAAAAUCCACCUUUGCAUAUGAUAAAUACUGAUCAAACUCCGUUACCUAAUGGAUAUUCAGCUACUCAAAAACCAUUGCAAUUUUUUUCUGUACCAACAAAUGUUUCAAAUACCCAGAACAAUAAUGGUGGCAAUAAUAACUCAUUUUUAACAUUGAUACCAGAAAAUGCACAUCAAUCUUCAUUCAAUGGGAAUAAUUCAGAUAUUAUCGACGAUAGAAAUCAUAAUAAUGGUAACGUAAUCACAAAUAGAGUAGUGAAAAAGAGGAAGAAAACUCAGAUUUCAGAGUUUGCUGUCAGUCCAGAUCAAGAGAUUGUUCCAAAGGGAAAUAUUGUUAACACAACAAAUAUUCAUGAUAAAACCCAGAAUGAUUUCAAAUUAAUGAAACAAGAAAUGAUGUUAAAAUAUUCUGCACAAAAAUACUCAAACCAUUUAAGAGAAAAACAAUCAAGUUCUGAUUCAUGGUCUUCUACUUCAACUAAUGUCAUUUCUUCUCAAGAAAACCAAACACCUGUAUCAUCUCGUUCAGCAACACCAAAUGCUUUCCAAUCUAAUAGAAAUAUGGCUAAAUUUACAAUGCUAUCGGCGGAAAAGUAUAAGGACCUUAUAUUACAAACCUUAUCAUCAGAGGACUAUUCUAAUUCAAGUUCUCUACCGCCAGCUCUUUACCAUCCACCUCCGUCAUUAGACAUCAACUUCGAAGUAGAUGAUCAAGGACAUACUGCAUUACAUUGGGCCGUUGCCAUGUCAAACAUCCCAUUGAUUAAAUUAUUAUUGGCAUUGAAUGCCGAUGUACUCAAAUGUAAUAAAAGAGGUUUUAAUUCCGUAACAAAAUUAGUCUUCUAUAACAACUGUUUCAAAGCUGGUAGUUUUCCUGAGAUAUUAUCAUUAUUAAAAGUUUGUUUGAUAUCUGCAGACAUGAACAACCGUCUACCAUUACAUUAUUUAAUUGAAUUAUCGGUAAACAACUCAAAAGACCCUACUGUUAUUCAUUACUAUAUGGAUAUGAUUAUUAAGAUACUGGGAACUGAAGAUUAUUCUUUGCUUAAAAUGUGCUUAAAUUUCCAAGAUAGUAUGGGUAAUACUGUUCUUCAUUUGGCUGCUUUGAAUAUGAACAUUGAUAUUUAUAAUACAUUGCUUCAAUUUGGUGCGUCUGCUGAUAUUGCAAAUUUUAAUAAUGAAACACCUUCAUUUAUUCUGGCAAAAUACAAUCUAUAUUCGAGUCAAAUAUCUCGUACAAAUAUCACCACUAGUUUUGACAAUGUUUUAGACUUACAAAACGACUUGCAGACAAUGAGUUCUUCCAAGCCAAGUAAGGAAUCUGGCGAUGAUUCAUUUAAGCACCAAUUGUUAGAUCACCAACACUUAGGUAUAAGUACACCAUUGGUUACCAAUGAUAAGAAAGAUGUUGAAAAUGAAAUGAACAAUAUUAGUACUAUAAUGGAAGAUAUUUCGACCAUUGAGAACAUGGUUUCAUCAACUGUUAUGGAUAGUGCAGAACCAUUGCAUAAACAAUUAUUAAAACAUUCACCGACAUUAUACAAGACAAAGCCAACUAUAGAUUCUACUAAACCUGUUUUAGAGAAACCUGUAACAUUAUUAGAAGCUCCAUCGCCUAUUUUACCUAUUGGUAACAACGAAUUGGAGGAUAUACCGGAAUCGAUCAAAAUUGCAUCGCAAUUAGCAAAAUUAUCUGAGAAACUAACAGAAGAAAUUAGGGUACAGAUUGAUGAAAUGCAAACAGAAGUGGAAAAGACAAAACAUAGCAUAGACAUUAUCGAUAAGCAAAUUAUCAAGACUAAAUCCCAAAAGAAAGUGAUAUUCAACCAAUUCAAUAAUGGUUCUCAUAACAUUAAUUCUAUGACAAAUCUUGAGAAUAUUAUAAUGGCAUUACAGAAUGAAGUUGAAGAACAAAAGCAUACAUUAUAUAUGAAAUUGGAGAGAGCACAAUCCAAUAAUUUAGUCAAGUUAAUAAAGGAGGAGAAUAAACAUCGUCCAGAUCUUGCUGCUGCUGAAAACGACAAAUUGACAAGAACUGAGGAAUACGAAGGACUGCUUGCAGAGUUGAAUAAAUUGAAGGCUAAUAAGAAAAGACUAAUCAGAGAGAUAGUUGAAAAAACUGCAACUAACAAGACUUCUUCCAAGAUUUUGAAGUAUAAAAAGUUAAGUGGGAUUGAAGUUGAUGAUAUUGACUCCAAACUAGAUGAAAUUGAGCAAGAUCUAAGACUUAGUAUAUGA